GUCUCGGAUACCAAAGUACGGAUAACAACCAAAGAAGUUCAUCCGUAGCUCGAACAGGCUCUUGGGUGGCUAGUUUCACACGUGACAAGACCGUCUUACACAAUAUUCUGCUAUUUUCGCGGUAUUUCUCGAUCAAGUUGGCUAUAGAAUCUAACAACAGCCUGGUGUUUUUGAGCUACCAUGAGCAAUUUACUUUUCAGUGAUUGGGUUUAAUGAGCACUUUUGGAGCAUAACGAAAGGAAAUCGAAAAAAAAGGCUUAAGGAAGCAUUUCGUGGUAGACCGCUGACCAUACGGGCAUAAAACGCGCCAAAAUUUAAUGAAAAGGAGAGCAAAGGCUAAUUCUUAGAAGCAGUUACCUUCAUCCCUUGAAUAGUAGGAAACUAUUUAAUCCAUUAUUUGGCACAUUUUGGGGUGAAUUUGCUCAAAAUGUGUGGGAGAACGGCCUGGUACGUAUGUAAAUUUGUCAGUACUAAAAAUAGAUGAUUAGUGGAAGUGAAGUUAUUUCCGAACAAACAGGUGAUUAAGAUUCUAUUUUCUUUUGUCAUUCAGUACCCUUGCUCCUGAUGAAUUCCCGAAGGUAUGCACAUUCAAAGGAAAGAAUGGUCAGAUCCAGGAACCGGCUUGGAGAGAUGGUAGCUUUAAUAGAGGAAAAUACUAUCCUUCCCAUAAUAUUAGUCCGCAAUCCUUCACGUAAGUUUUUAUGACAUACUAAAUUAGUUUGUUUUUUGUUUAUGAUGAUUAAAUGGGUUUGGAAAAAGAUACAUUCUAAAAAUGCAAGGAAUGUCUGUUGUUGAAUGAGCUCUGUUAAGCUCUGACGAAACAAGAAAGGAAGCUUCAAGGAUACAACACAACUAAGCCCAUCGACUUUGUUGCCUUCGUUAAUCUGUGUUUUUGAAGUACUGUAUUAUACUUAAAAUGUAUCUUCCCGAUCCUUUGAGGUCAUUUAACUAAUUCCAUGACACAUUUUUACCUUGGCCAUUGCACCCUUCCACCCACACAAAAUGCACGUAAUACAAACAUCUAUCACCAGUUUUUAAUGAAAUUAAGCACAGUGCUAAACUGACUUUUAGAGUUAAGUAAAUUCUCUUGUAGUCAGACAGUGGGCUUUAAGUAUGAGAACUGGCAGCUGGUAAAUGUCAUGUAUUACAUGACGUACUGAGCGCAGACAGGCUUCAUGUACUCAUAUAUGAAGUAGGUAAUAAAAGAGAAAGCACAUGGUUGAUCAGUGUGUAAAUCUUAUCUGUACGAAUCCAAGGCAUAGUAUAUGCAUUAGGAGGAUACAACAUUGGCGACGAGGAUAAUUCUGUGAGACACAAGAUGUCUUUGAGCGAAAAUGGCGCUUCCAAUGGGAUUCCUAAGUUCGAUUGUCACUCGGAACCUACCACGUUAGGACCACGUUGGACGCGAUGGUUCACAUCUUUUGAAUUGUUUGCCGAUGGCAAAGGUCUGAUUAUCACUGAAGGUACAAAUGCAACAACCAGACAACGAAGAAGAGCUAUGCUACUCCAUUUAGCGGGACAAGAUGUGCAAGAAAUUUUCUACUCUCGCGAACACCGGCGAAGCAACGGACUACGCCGCCGCUGUAACAGCACUGAAUGGCUAUUUUCUCCCCAAAGUUAACUCCGCUUUUGCGCGUCAAAAUUUCACCGACUCCAACAACAGCCAGGUGAGACCGUUUUGCAGUUUGUAACCCGACUGAGAAAAGAAGGGAAAGACUGUAAUUUUGGGGCAGACUUUGACAAUCAGAUAAGAGAUGCGAUUUUAUGCAAAUGCAGGUCAGAUUAUGUCAAACGUAAAUUGCUUGAAGAAAGAGAUGAACUUACUCUCGCACGCACAUUAGAGCUUGCAGAACAGUGUGAAAGUGUAGAACACCAAAUGUCUCAGCUUAGCUUGAGUGAACAGACUACAGAAGCACACAGGGUCUAUGAAAAACCUAGGAGACCAAAAGAUCAACAAAGAAACAAAGAAAGCAAGAACAGAGACAGUCAGUGUCCUCGUUGUGGGUGGAGUGGUCACCUUGGUGGAGAUCCGAAAUGCCCUGCCAGAGGUCAAACAUGUAAAAAAUGUAAAAAGAAAGGUCACUUUGCUAGGGUCUGCAAAACCAAACCAAAGAAGCCAGGAGUCAAUCAGGUGCAAGAAGAACAAAAAACCGAUGGGGAGCAAGUCGAUUAUGCAUUCAGGGUCACCAAUAAAGGUCAGUCAAAUAUGCUCAAAAAUGUCUGCGGGAGGAGUAGAAUUGGAAAUGUUGGUGGAUUCUGGGGCCACCAAUAACAUUAUCGAUGAAUGUACAUGGGAAGAUCUGAAGGCUAAAAAGAUCAAGUGUAAAUCACAAACAGCUCCCGUUGACAGAAAAUUGUACGCUUAUGCAUCCAGCAAACCCCUCCCAGUAAAAGGUAGCUUCACAUGUGAGGUACUAGUGGGCAGAGGAAGAGUCCAGACCGAAUUCCUGGUUAUCAAAGGAAAGGGAAUACCACUCUUAAGCAAAAGACACCGCAAUGAGGUUGGGGGUGCUGAAAAUAGGUGUUGACAUUGCCACAAUUGCUGAAGGCAAACAGACGCUGCAGCAAAAAUUCCCUGAAGUGUUUAGUGGGAUAGGAAAGUUGAAGUCCAAGCAAGUAACAUUGCACAUAGACGAAACAGUGAAACCAGUAGCCCAACCCCUGAGGCGAAUUCCUUUCAAUCUGCAAGAGAAGGUAGAAAAGAAGGUUCAAGAGUUGUUGAAUUGUGAUAUUAUAGAGGAAGUAGACGGGCCUACACCAUGGGUAAAUCCAGUAGUGAUCAUACCAAAGGCAGAUGGUGACAUACGCCUCUGCAUCGAUAUGAGACAAGCGAACAAGGCCAUAGUACGUGGCAGAUACCCAAUACCAACUGUAGAUGAACUGCUACACAAUAUGAAUGGUUCCAAAGUCUUUAGCAAGUUAGACUUAAAGUGGGGAUACCACCAAUUGGAACUUAAUUCAGAGUCACGACAGAUCACCACCUUUGUGACGCACAAAGGCUUGUACAGGUACAAACGUCUAUUAUUUGGCGUGUGUUCAGCGAGUGAGCAGUACCAACAUGAGAUAUCCACAGCUUUAGCUGGAAUAGAAGGAGUCGAUAAUAUAUCUGAUGACAUCAUAGUACAUGGCCCGGAUCAGGCAACUCAUGACCAACGCCUAUAUAAGACAAUGGAACGCCUCAAGCAGCAUGGCUUAACUCUCAAUGCUGACAAAUGCCUAUUCAAUGUGGACAGAGUGAUUUUCAUGGGAAUUCUUCUCUCUGAAAAGGGAUAGGCCCAACAGAAGAAAGAAUCAGAGCCUUGCAAGAAACAAGGGAACCUGCCACCGUCAGCGAAGUAAGAAGCUUCCUGGGAUUGGCCAAUUAUAGCAGCAGGUUUAUUCCUCACUUCGCUACUAUCACUGAGCCACUAAGGAGCUUGACCAGAAAGGCUGUUCCAUUCCACUUUGGACCUGAGCAGAAAACCGCUUUUAAGAUUCUGAAACAGAGCAUGGCUGACGAGGAACACUUGCAUAUUUUAACAAAGGCGCAGCAACCAAAGUAAUAGCUGAUGCCAGUCCAGUCGGCCUCGGAGCUGUGUUACUACAGAACCAAAAUGAAGCAUGGGUGCCAAUUUGCUAUGCAAGCCGCAGCUUGACAGAGUGUGAGCGCAAGUACUCCCAGACCGAAAAGGAAGCCCUCGCUCUCGUUUGGGCAUGUGAGAGGUAUCAUGCAUACAUUUAUGGCAUGAAAUUUGAUCUGGUAACUGACCACAAACCGUUGGAGGUCAUCUACGGGCCACGUUCCAAGCCCUGUGCCCGCAUCGAACGGUGGACAAUACGGGUUACAACCCUACGACUUCCGAAUUGUAUAUACUCCAGGGCAGAAUAAUAUAGCUGAUCCUCUUUCCCGCCUGCUUAAGCAAGACAAAGUGACGAGUCAUCCACAUGGGGCAGAAGAGUACAUCCGAUUCGCAGCUAUCAGUGCCACUCCCCAAGCAUUAACCACGAGAGAAGUCGAAGAAGCAUCUGCAACAGAUGAAGAAUUAAAAGUCCUGAGAGAAGCAAUUAAAACUGGCAGAUUUGAGAAGUGCAAAAACUAUGCACCAGCCGCAGGAGAACUGUGUGUGAUUGGACAGCUAGUCUUGAGAGGUACCCGUAUUGUGUUACCAAACAAACUCAGAGCUCAGGCAAUCAGCUUAGCCCAUGAAGGACACCUAGGAAUUGUGGGAACAAAGCAAAAUUUAAGAAGUAAGGUGUGGUGGCCUCGUAUGGAUAAGGCAGCAGAGAAAUUCUGCAAGUCCUGUCACGGAUGUCAACUGGUAUCUCGCCCAGACCCACCUGAGCCAUUGAGAUCCACGACAUUACCAGAAGGUCCUUGGCAAAACCUAGCUAUAGACCUCCUAGGACCACUUCCUUCGGGACACUCAAUCAUUGUUGUUGUGGACUACUACAGUCGUUAUUAUGAGUACGCCAUCAUGAUGUCAACCGUCACAGAGAAAGUAAUUGACAACCUGGAAGAGAUUUUCAGCCGCCAUGGCCUUCCUCUGACCAUAAAGUCAGACAAUGGUCCACAAUUCCGCUCCGAAGAAUUCCGGGAAUAUUGUAAGCAGAAUGGAAUUGUUCACACCAAGACCACACCAAAAUGGCCUCAAGCCAACGGGAGGUAGAGAGACAAAAUGCAUCGCUGAUGAAGAGAAUCCGCAUUGCCCAAGCCGAAGGAUUAGACUGGGUGAAGGAGCUAAGAAAAUAUGUGACUAAAUACCGAGGUAUUGAUCACGCGACAACCGUAAGAGCCCCAUGGAAUUAUUGUUUAACAGAAAGAUGAGAGGAAAGCUACCAGAGCUACAUGCCGACCAUCACUUGGACCUGGAAACUCGAGAUAGAGAUGCAAGUGAAAGCAAAGACCAAAGUAAUAGCUGAUAAAUCCAUGAAUGCAAAACCAUCAGAAGUUCAAGUUGGUGAUCAAGUCCUGGUGAGGCAAGAGAAAAGAGACAAGUUUUCCACGCCAUUUAAUCCAGUACCAUUCCAAGUGGUUAGCAAGACCGGUAACAGUGUUGUUGUGGAAACUCCAGGUGGAACGCAGUAUUCAAGGAAUACAUCCCAUGUCAAGAAGUUUGUGAGCCCUGACAAUCCGGAAGAACCACCUGUCAGUGUCGAUGUACCGACAACACCUGAAAUUACCGUGGUACCAAAUCAAGUGAUGAGUGGAUCUACAUCAGUAGUGCCUACAACACCUCCCAGUAGACCCCUAACUCAUCUCACACCUUUAGCACAAGCAAGUGCAGGAAGCAAAUCUGGUACAACCUCUGCUAGUAAGAAUGCAGCAGUUGAUCAAGCAACAGUACCUAGCCCACCAGCAACACCAAAAGGUGGAAGACCUCAGAGACAGAGGAGACUCCCUGGGAGAUAUAAAGACUUUGUUUUAAAAUGUUGAACUUCGUUUGAAACAGUGAACUUUGAUUCGAAAUGUUAAAUGUUGUUUUGAUACAAGGACUGCUUAGAACCGGUGAAUCUCGUGUUGAAAUUAAGCGAAUUAGUUAUUACCAGCUCUCCGUCCAAUUUUCAGAUUCGCACGUUUUGUUUUGAUUAAGUCUUAAGGACUAUUGUUUUCUUUCUUCAAGAAAAGGAGGGAUGUCAUGUAUUACAUGACGUACUGAGCGCAGACAGGCUUCAUGUACUCAUAUAUGAAGUAGGUAAUAAAAGAGAAAGCACAUGGUUGAUCAGUGUGUAAAUCUUAUCUGUACGAAUCCAAGGCAUAGUAUAUGCAUUAGGAGGAUACAACAGUAAACAUACCUGGUUACUCUGCAGGACAUCUGCUUCCUUCUUCAAUGAACAAUUAAAGUUCUUGCAAAAGAGAUCAGCAUUAUGUAGAUUGAUGGUAUACCUACUCAAGUAAUCUAAUCAGUGUAGUUUAAAUCUACCAUUUGUCAAAAACUGAACAAUGAGACAGACUCAUGUUUUUCCUUGUUUUUUUUUUCUCUACAACUGCUGACUGAUAUGCUACUCACUCAACUGGUAUCUAGUCAAGUUGCCAACAGUUCAACUUGCCAACACCAACUCGCUGACGUGUAAAAUUGAGUAGAAAUGUCGGCGAGUUGGUCCUCAAUCGAAGUUAAACGUAUAGAAAAGUAAAAGAUCUCUAGUAAAAAAACAAUUUUUUUUCUUCCAACAAAGUUUAUAAGGAUCUCAGAGCGAAUAAAGCAAGGUAAACAUUGUCAAUGACAAUAAAAGCUUCAGACACGAAGGAGUUAUUGUGUGACAACAACACUGUAAAGACUCAUCAUGUCAAUCGGUCAGAUUUUUUUCAGAAAAGUUGGCUUUCUAGACAGGAUCUUUAGUAAAAAACAAUUCUUUUGAUUUCCAUUUUUAUUUUUUUUUUAAUUUUAUUUUUCACAAGAACUUGUUUGUGUCUUUUUUGGUCAUUGGCAAUAUUCACCUUGCUUUAUUUGCCUUGACAUCCUUUUAAUGAAGAAAAAAAAUUGUUUUUGUACUAAAUAUCUUUUACUUUUCUAUAUGUUUAACUUCUAAUAAGUUGUACUGGAUUGAAGACUAACUCGCCGAUGUUCCUCCUCAAUUUUAAUUCUUGGCGUUGGCAAGUUGAACUGUUGGCGACUUGACCGUAAUUCACUCAACUCAUUAUCAUAAAUUGGAUAUUGAGCAGCUUAGCCUAUCAGAUCAUAGGAUUUGUGAUACAACACCAACUGAUUUAAGUUAAGUCUGUAGUCCAGCCCCAUGGCCUAUCUGGCCAUUGCCUAUCCUGGUGCUGUACUAUGAAGCAACCAAAAGUAAUGUUUCUCCCUCCUGGAGAGGAUGCAAGUCAAGAUCACUCAACACCUAUAAUUUUAAUUUUAAGCUAAUGGUUAUCCUCAGUUACAUGUAGUUGCAGAUCUAUCUCGUUGAUAAACUGAAUGAAUGCCUUCUUAUUUUUUAGUCCAGUGUUACUGUCAAGUCAACAUUUUAACAGUUUAGCAUCAGAAGAGCCUUGUGAAAGGGUUCUUCAACCCAUGAGAUGGGGUUUAAUUCCAUCAUGGCACCGUGGAGAUCCCAAAGAGUUCACCUACAAUAUGAGCAAUGCUCGUAGUGAUACUCUGUUGGACAAAAGAUCUUUCAAAUCUCCUCUCGAGAAGGGUAACAGAUGUGUUGUUUUAGCUGAAGGGUAAGUAACUGAACCAAAGUGGAGUGGUUACCUUAUAUUUUCUUUCUUUUUCUUGUUUUUAACCCUUUACAACAUUACAUCAAUAUGCAUAUUCUCCUUACUGUUCUCCAUACAUAUCCUAAGGUCCUGACAAGGAUAAUUUAUUGAAAAAUCAAGAGCUACUUUAGUUUGUGAUCGUUUCCUUCUUUCUUGUGACCUUGUUGUGUGAUUCAGGGGUGAUAUUGUGAGGAGAAAUUAGAUGCCAAUUCUCUAUUAGGGGUGAAAGGGUUAAAAAAGUGUUUACCAGAUUACUGACUAUAUUUUAUUCAGACUUAGCUGCUGCCCCAAAUUUCUUACAGAUGUGAUUGACAUGUCCAAUUAUGCCCAUGUACCCUGUCUUAUAGGAGCUUUACCAUCUAAUGUGAUCAGAAAGUAUUAGGAAAUAGGACUGUUGUUAAGAUACCGCUGUGGCCUACUUGUUACCUAGUAAAUAAUACUGUUCCAAUAAUUUCAGACUUAAAUUAGAAAAGUGUUUCAUAGAAUAAAUUCAGACCAAUAUGUAGUGCUUUAAAAGUAAAAUUUUUUUCAUCAACAGAUUCUUUGAGUGGGAGACAUUGAAGGGAGGAAAGAAACAGCCAUACUACAUCUACCUCAAGAAAGACACAAAGAUAGAAGUACAAAACAAAACAAUGACAGAGAUUGAAGGAGAAAACAACAAUGAAAAGGAGACAGAUGUGAAGGAUUUUCACAUUAAAAAGGAACCAGAGGAAUCCAUAACAGUCAAAGCAGAAGAAGACGCACAGUUUGGAGAGAAGCGUCUCUUAACCAUGGCAGGCUUGUUUGAUUGUUGGAAGCCACCAAAUGUAUGUGAUUCAUCGGCUGUAUAGAAAUUAAUUUCUAGUCACUGCUAGAUAUUAAAAGUUCUAUAACAUACUCAGCAGUGCAAUGGUGAGGGAAAAAUUAUUGUCUUACCCUCUACACUCUAACAUCAGUAUCUAUAUUCUCUAUACUUCUCUUUAUGUUUCCUUUGGUACUUUCAAGGAGUAUUUGUUUAACAAUCCAAGCUUCUUAGGUUGGCGAUCAUUUUCGUUAUUCUCAUGAUCCCAAUGAAUGAUUUAGCAGUAUUUAUAUAUGUAAGGAAAAAUUUGAUGCUGGUCUCUCCAAGGCUUUAAUGGGUUAACUAGCCUGAAACUUUAUCUGGGAUAAUAUGAACAAUGUUAAAGAGGGGGAAUUGAAAGCAGAAAUGCAAGUCAGAAUUCUUUUAAUUUUGUUGCUAGGGAAGUGGUAAUGAAGAUGAAGAACUCUUUUCUUAUACUAUCAUCACAGUGGAUUCAUCUCCAUCUCUAAGAUGGCUGCACCACAGAAUGCCAGUGAGUAAUGUUUAGUAUAUAUCCUUUUAUAUCAAAAUGAGGCAAAUUCAUCCAAGUUUUUCAAUCAAGAAAAUAUGUUUUAAUGUACAGCUAAAAGAAAGUCAGAAGUUUUUAUUCUUGCUUUUUUACAAAAUCAGUUGUACUUAGAUUUUAAAAGGCAGCUAGUGGUCUUGUGGUUGGGCAUAGGCUCUCUGAAUCACUAACUACAUUUUUUAUAUCAGCUUGUUAAAUUACUAUCUCUUAAAGUUGGAAUUUCUAUUUAACAGUUGUUACUAUGAAUUUGAUUCUACAAUCGUGUAUCAUUAUUACAUUGUUUACUACCUUACUGGAAUACACAUAUAUUUCACAGCUCUAUUAUGGAGGCAAGGCCUGUGUCCAUAGUACAAUCAGUGCAUCUUAACCCUUUCACCACCAAGAUCUCAUUUUAUUUAGUGAUUCUCAUUGCUAUCAACCAUACAAUUCUUUGGAGUUUAGUUAAGAGAAUUCAGUAUUGGAUCAACUGAUAAUCUCCCUACUUGAUAUUUUUCUCUUCUUGUUUGAAGGCUAUUCUAGAAGGGGAAGAAGAGAUUGGCCGCUGGCUAGACUUUGGAGAAGUUCCAUGGCAAAAGGUAAUUCACAGGUGCCAAAUAAUUAUGUACUAUUGAAAAUUAUUUUGACAAAUUUAAAUGUACUCUUGAAAUCAUUAAGCCUAUUUGCUUAGUGUACAGACCUGCAUCUAGUUUUAACAGAAUUUACUUUGUGUUCUAUGGUAGGCUCUAAACCUUGUAAAACCCAAAGACUGUUUGGAGUGGCAUCCAGUCUCUACAGUUGUGAAUAAUUCUAGGAAUAAAUCACCAGACUGCAUCAAGCCAAUCGACUUGUAAGUAACACCACUACAUACUCAGUGAUUUGUAUCUUUUACAAGAGUUUCACCAGGAACUUUCUUCCAUGUUGGCAAAACCCCAACAUGGGAGCCUGCAUGCAAGCUAAACUGGUAGCAAUAGACUGCUGGUAACUGGCUUUUGAUGAAAUGUUUGUUGUUGCUGCUGUAAAAUUUAAGGUAUUUCUUUUUUCUUUUUAAGGACACAAAAACAAGAAAAGCCUAUUAAAGGAACUUUAUUUUCAUACUUCAAAAAAUCACCUUUGAAACAGGAGAAAGCAUUAGACGAGGGAGAGACUUCACAAGAACCAUCUCCAAAGAAAGCAAAAUUCUGGCAGUGA